AUGGUGGCAGUUCCUAGUCCGAACCUGCCCACAGGCAUCAGUGGUAUACACAGCGCCCGAGAUCUCGGAAGUGUCCGACGAGGAGGAGCAAAUCAGUCAUUCAGGAACGAAGCAGGGCCUUACACCCAUCUCUGGGAAUUUCUAGGCUACCUCCCUCGCCGAAAAGCAGCAGUGGACGGUCUGGUUGAAGUCUUUCUUCGCGAGCUGAAUCCUGUGUUCGACGCGGUGUACGAACCGACAUUCUGGGCCCAUUAUAACAAAUUCUGGGACAGAAAGUAUGGUGAAGACGAUAUGGAUGCGGUUGAUCUUCGCUGGCUCUCGCUUCUUUUCAUCGUACUUGCGUUCGGCGAACUACUUGUCUGUCCUCAGCCAUGCUCUAUCGAGCAACAACGCGAGUCUGAGGAGAGUAGUCUACACUUCUUCUGGGCUUCGCGAAAGGCAGUGGUUGUAUCACCUACAUUCUCUGGGGAAAGCCCUGACCUAGUUCGUGCUGGCAUUCUGAUAAGUCGCUAUUUGCUGCACCUGAAGCGAAUCCCCGAAAGCUGGCUCACUCAGAGCUUCGCAGUCCGCAUGGCACAGGCUCAAGGUAUGCACAUUGAUGGUAAGGGCUGGGGACUACCACGGAAAGUGCUCGAAAUCAAGAGGCGCCUCUGGGCCUCACUGUACUACCUCGAUCGCACUACAUCACUUGCAUUAGGACGACCGUACACCAUCAACGACAAGCAUUGCACGCCCAUGGACAUCUCGAACAUAUGGGUGGACGAUGUGGACGCCGAAGCAGCCGAGGCUGCCCAGCCGCUGUCCAUGGACCAACCUACAAGAGUGACAUAUCUCGUAUUUCAGCAGCAUCUUUCCCGCAUCAGUGGAAGGAUCCACGACGAAUGCUUCAAUCUCACGCCGGGGGCAGCUCGCGCAACUUACGACAAAGUUAUCGCAUUCGACGAAGCUCUGCAAGACUGGUCACGAACGCUGCCGUCAUAUUUUGCGCUCAAGAGAACAGACUACUCCUUGGACGAGUUGCAUCCGUACUUGGUUUGGCACCGUCUGUACCUGCAUUCGGCAUACCACUUCAUCAGGGUGACCCUUCACCGCUCAUAUGUUCUACUCCCAUCUAUCACCGACAGGUACAAAGCGAGCAGAGAAGCUUGCAUAGCUUCAGCAUGCGCGGACUUGACUGCUCGCCUCACGCUGCACCAGCCCAGCAUGGCCGACCGCAUCAGGUUUAAUGUUGCCGCUCAUUCGCUAUUUAACAGUGCUUUGGUCUUAGGAGUUAUUGCGGUUCGCGACCCUCGAUCCGAGAGAACUCAAGCGAUCCUAGAAGAUCUGCGUGCUUUUUGCGCCAAGCAGAACGAAGAUCCAUGGACGAACCAGUUUGAGCUAGCAGAGAUCAAAGUCGUCGAGCUUUGUAUUGCUAGCGUGAAUCGAUCGCGUCGUCCCUCGCCGGUCAGACAGGAGGCUGAUGUGCCCAAUGCCCAACAUGAUGUUUCAUCUUCAAGAGUCGUUGACGGGAUUGGGCACAACCACGAGGCGGCCUCUGUGAUGCAAACAUACAACUUCGAAGGCUUGCCGUACGACGACCACGAUAUUCGUUAUGAUGACGAGUGGCUCAAUACCUUCUUUGGCCAAAAUAGAGCGUUUCCCGAGCCCACAGACCUUCAGACCUGGGAGGAGCUGCUUGGCACACUCGAGUCAAAGCGUUGA